AUGGCACACCCGCCGCCGUCUCCGUCGUCUUCCACCGCUCAAUACACCCAACAAUUCCUCAGUUCUGUCCUCUCCCAGCGCGGCCCUUCAUCCCUUCCCUACUCCGAAGAUGUCAAAUGGCUCAUCCGUCAGCAUCUCAUCUCUCUCUCCGAAACCUAUCCCUCUCUCCAGCCCAAAACCGCAAUCUUCACCCACAACGACGGACGCUCCGUCAACCUCCUCCAGUCCGAAGGCACAGUUCCGAUGGUGUUUCAGAACGUCACCUACAAUAUCCCCGUCGUGAUCUGGCUCAUGGAGACUUACCCUCGUCAUCCGCCUUUCGUCUUCGUGAACCCCACGCGUGAUAUGAUCAUCAAAGCCCAACACUCUUUUGUUAAUCCAUCGGGAUUGGUUUCCAUCCCUUACCUACAAAAUUGGGUUUAUCCAAGCUCUAACCUGGUUGAAUUAACUCGUAAUUUGAGUCAUUAUUUUGGUAGUGAUCCCCCUUUAUACUCUCAACGACGACCAAACCCUACAAACCCUACUCCAAACCCUAAUUACAAUCCAUCUGUAUCUUCAAAUGCAUCGCCUUCUGGUUCGAUUUCAGCGGGAUCUAUACGGCCAGCGAUUCCACCAAGGUCUUAUCCGCCAUCACCGUAUGGGAGUGCCUCCGGCAGUGGAAGGAUUCCAUCACCGUCUCCCCCACAGCGGUUAGGAUCAGCCACGGAGGAUCCAGGCGAGGUUUUCAAGCGGAAUGCCAUCAAUAAACUGGUGGAAACUGUUCAUGUUCAUGUUGAAGCGUUGCGGAAGAAGAGGGAGGUUGAAAUGGAAGGGAUGUUUACUGCUCAAGCGGUGUUGAGGCAGAGAGAAGAAGAGGUUUUGAACGGAUUAAGAGAGAUGCAAUACGAAAAGGAAGCUUUAGAGCAGCAAUUACAGAUGGUUUUGAUGAAUACAGACGUGUUAGAAGGGUGGGUGAGAGAGAAUGAAGGAAAAUUGGGGGGAAAUACAACAAAUGUUAAUGGCGAUGAAGCUUUUGAGCCAUCAGAUCCUUUAUCAAAACAGAUGCUUGAGUCAACUUCAUCUGAUCUUGCUAUAGAAGAUGUAGUUUAUGCAUUGGAUAAAGCUGUUCAAGAAGGGUCAAUACCAUUUGAUCUCUAUAUGAGGAAUGUAAGAUUACUAUCUAGAGAACAGUUCUUCCAUCGUGCAAUGGCUGCAAAAGUCAGGGCUGCUCAGAUGCAAGCUCAAGUUACAACAAUGGCUUCCAGGGCACCUCCAUAUGCUAUUUGA